UGAACCCAGACAGUCCUUGUUGCCCGCCAGAACGACGAAAUUUCGCCGCGUUUCGUUUUACUUUUCUUUUUUUUUUUAGCGAAAAAUAACUUUGAUGUCGCGAUCGAUCGAUCGUUUUUAAUGUCGCCUAAACAAGCUAAGGGUUUGUGCAGGUUUACACGUGAAUUAGACGAAAAACUGAUCGAACUCGUGUCGGGAAAUGAAGUUAUAUACGACUCGAAUCAUAAGUUUUAUAAGGAUUUUAACGUGCGAGACGAUGUAUGGCUGGCGAUAUCGUCGAUAGUGGGAAAGACCGUGAAGGACUGCAAAGUACGAUGGCGAAGCUUAAGAGAUCUCUACCACAGAAAGAAAAAGGACCAAAAAAUGGGAAAGCGAAUGCGGAUCUCGUGGGAGUAUAUGGAUUCCAUGUCUUUUCUUGAAAAGUUUACGAAUGAAAAACCUAAAACCAAACAUAAACCUGAAGAUGUUUCCGAAGACCAAGACGAAGAAGAGGAAGACCCAAAAAUCGACGUAAAAAUCGAAUUCGACUCAGAAACUCCGACCACCAGUCAAACUCAAAACGGCAAUUUGUCCGACGAGGCGAGUGCUCCAAAAAAACCCCGAUUAGAGGAGAAUAAUUAUCAAAAAUACUGCGACAGCUCAUCGGCAGUUCUGCACCUUCUAAGGGAAAUAAGAGACAUGACAAAGAGCAGAGAUGAUCCUGUAACGGCGUUUUUCGACAGCAUGGCCAAAACGGUUGUAAGAUUUCCACCAGCAGAAGCGGCUGAAGUUAAACUGAAGGUAUGUCAAAUUGUUACAGAAAUGGAAUGUAAAAUUAUAGAGGCGAGUGGAAAUUAUCCAGAUAGUUUCGAAAGUUUCGAAUAGCGUAGAAGAAUAGUUGUAACAGAGGGGCAAACGUAGGACUAUACACUUAUAAGUUGAACCUUGGAUUUUUUCUGAUUUUAAAAAUACGAUUUUUGCCCUAACAGUUAGAAAUUCAAGCAACAAAUUACUCUAACCCAAAUUCAAGGGUCCGGCCAAAACGCCAAUUGAAUUGAUUUUUAUAACCUCGAGAAAGCGGUCUCAGAUAAAACGCAUGAAUGACAAGUAUUCGGGUAGAGCGAUUGCAGACAAACCGUAUGGAUGUUAAGUAUAGUUUUUAUUUUAGUGGAAUAAGCAUAACCUGCACUAAAGUGAUUCAUGUGAUUGUGCAAAAUUAUUUAAUUAAUUAGUUACUUAAAUUCAAUUAAUCUAAACUAAUUUAUGCGGUCUAUGCGAUUGUAUAAUCUCAUAGAUCGCAUUAUUUUACCGCUAUUAAUUAACAUAGGAUCGCGUGCUAAAAUAUGGGAUACUCUAGUAUCUAAGAGUAGUAGCGGAGACUUUCAGUACAUAUCAGGUCGGAACUUUCGUAUCUGGGUUAGAAUUUUUUGUGUCCGAGCUUUAAUUAGGGAACCUGAAAGAAAUACUGAUGACAGUCAUUCCCAUCCAUUAAUUCUGGUCCAUCAAAUUUCAAUCCACUUAAUAACUAGAUUUGACUGAUGUAGUAACUCGACAACCUUCUUUUCUAGAAAAUGGCAUAUGUUAGAACAUGGAUUAUUAUUUCAAGAAAUAGUCCAUCUUUUCUUAAAAAGACCAGCUUAUAAUAAAUAGUAAUCAAAUAAACCCACAAAAUAAGUCACAAGUCUCAAAUUUAUUAAAUUAAAGUCAAAGGAUUACACGUGUUUCGCCGUGUUCGAGUUUAUUUUAUUACUAUUUAAUGGGUUAUUAGUAUAAUUCAUGGGGAUAUAUGGGGAUAGGGAUCAAAGGGAUCACGGAAUCAAGAUUCUCUAUUAAAUCCUGAUCAUCAAAUUCUUAUCAAACCUAGAAAGGAGCAUCAUCAGCAUAUUUUAAUCAAAAACUGAUUGACUCUUGACUCCGAUAGUUUGGAUUAGAUAGUCGAUUAACUUUAAGAGUUCUGGUAUACCAAAUGACCAUAUCUUCUAAAAGUUUGACACUCUUUUGAUGAACAGUUACAAAGUUUAUUCUUGCACUAUUGUGUCAUUUGAAACGACGAGGAGCAGUAGACUUUUCAUUUAAUUUCUUAUUAAAUUUAGUAUUUCUAGGAUUAUUGUCCGAUAAAUUUCAAGACUUCUUAAGUAUCCAAAUUGCAAAGACCAUAUUUUAAUACAGAAACAAUUGACUUUUCCGAUAAUUGUCUGCUUGUGAAUCGCAGUAAUAUUUGUUUCUUGAUUUUGGUAAUAUCUACUGAGAGUGAAUAUAAAGAUAUUUUCUUUAAAAUUUUAUUGUCGGAGCAUCUCUUAUAUAUUACAUAUACAGAAUCUUCUGUAUUAAAGAUAUCUUCAGCAGUAAUAGCAUCCUUUAGUCCUAUAUGCUGUGGUGCUCUCAUAAAAGAGAUGUUGCUAACGUAAAACUUUUAAAAUUGCAUAUUUUUCUUGUAUCAACUAUACAGAAGUGUUAUCCUUUAUCAAUCAAUUCUCAUUACUACCACUAUUUUAUCUCAGUCACAUCUUAGCUUUGAAGUCUGAGAAAAUUGAUUCUCCAUCCUCAUCUAUCAUGACCGAGCUCUUUUCUUUUAGAUUUUUUAAAUAAAGAGUAUCAACAAGAAUCUUCUUUGUAGGUAAUCAUCUGCAGAGACAUUUGAGAAAUCACACGAUAUGUUAAGAAUAUGUUGUCUCAAAUUCCAGUAAAAUUGGUUUCUUGGGUUAUAUCUCCAUCCGCAUCUUGUUGCCAGAAUCCUUCUCAUGACUCCAUGUAAAUAGUAGCAAUGAGAUCUAAAGUAAGUCUGCUAAUGAAAGAAACUGUAGGUCUGAUUGAUUUCUUACUGUAUUUUUUUAUUCCUGUUGUUUUCAAAUAAUAAAAAAAUCUGGAAAGUAGAAGUUGCUUUAAUGCAAAAUCAGUGUUUCCUUUUCAGCUCAGUAUCUUUCAAAUUCUACCAGCUAUGCAAUUUUCACGCACUAAUAGUCCAAUUUAUUUCUGUUAUUCAAUUAUUUAUUUUUCACCAAUGUGCAGUUGACUGACGUCCGAUGUACACCCCAUACUUGACACCAAUGUGUCGUUUUAGGUGUGGAUUAAAACACUCGAGCCACACAAAUAGUCAGUCAUCUGGAAUUUACUGCUGACCUUGAUUUUAGAGUAGCAAGAAUUAUUCUCUGCCUCAAGAAUAUGAAUAAUCAUGUUUUAGUAUAUUGUAUUGAGAUCUUCCAAUUAUUUUAUUAAAUGAUCAGAAAUUGAUUUUUCUAGGCUCUAAUUAUUUAUUGUAAGUUUCUGAGUUCCAUUACUUAAAGUCCUGAGUCGUUAGAUGUCUUCUGGCAAACAAAUUAGCUGACAUAAAAUGCCAUCUAUAAAAAAUCUGGAAAGUAAAAUGUGCUUUAAAGUGAAGAUGUUUAAUAUACAAAAUCAAUGUUUCCUUUUAUUUCUUCUUAUGGUAUUUUUAUCAGCCUUAGCUGCCUACCAGAUAAUCGAUUAUAUCCACAUCCUCCGGUAUAUUCGGAGUAUGCACUUUUUGACGUGGCAAAUUCACGGUUAUGCUCUAUACAACACAGUUACAAUUAUUUAUGAUAAAUUUAUAAUAUAUUCAUGGUUCAACUUAUAAGUCGAAAAUGAGUAAUUUAUUUAUUAAUAAUUAGCAAUUAGGGAUGUUAUGUAAAUACACAAACUUUUGUAUAAAAUACAAAAGUUGUGCUUUCAAAAUUUUUAUUUGGAAUGUGAUAUUAAUUAAGAAGAAGGGAUUAAAACGGAAAGGAUAAAUAUAUGAUGUGAUAUGGCAAUCUUUUGUGAUAAUUCGGCUAAUCUAUUAUUCUGGUUAUUUAAUUUAGGGCUGUAUCCUUGAAAAGGAUAAAAUUACUUGUUUCAGUUUAAGUAAAUUAUAUUUUCAUGCCUAGUUGGUCAUACGUAAAUAAACGAUGUUAAAUUAC